CAUGUUCCACUAGAGUUGUAAUUUUCCAGGUCAAUGAUGAAACUGUAGCACAUAUUGCACGAGGCAGUCCUCAUUUACAGUAUCUUUGCCUGUCAAAUUGUACACAAAUCACCGAUCGAUCAUUGAUCUCAUUAUCACAAGGCUGCAGAAUGUUAACAGCCUUUCCCACUGUAGUUAAUUACGGACGAUCACCAUUCAUUGCCUUGCACCACAACAAGGGAGAAAUUGGCAGGUAUGCUGUUUUGGAACUGGACAAUUGUCCGCAGAUAACUGACUCAGCACUUUCACAUAUGCGACAUGCAAAGGCAUUGAAACGAAUCGACUUGUAUGAUUGCCAGAAUGUUUCGAAGGAAGCCAUCCAAAGAUUCAAGCAUCAUCGACCACAUGUGGAAAUCCAUGCUUAUUUUGCCCCAGCCACACCUCCAGCUAAUCCGGCUACAGCCCGAGCAGGUAUUAGUGUUUUCCGCGUUCUCUUUCCAAUAUCUUGCUGGUUUCAGUAG